GUGGAAUCCAUGGAGAAAACAACCAUGGGGUUUGCGCAGAAGCGGCUCACCACCGUCUCUCUCGCGUCUCUGCUGCUUCUCUUGCUCGUCUCCGACAAUGCCUACGCCGGAAAGCAGAAUGGUAAAGGAGGCUCCGAUGAGAUAAGCAGGUUGGCAGAACAUAAGGCGACGGCAACGAGUAAUCAUACAGCAGAUGAUCAUCACGCUAUUACAACCAUGGUUACUGAAAGAAUGAGAGAGAGCGGUAGGCGGAAGCUGGGGAAUAGUGCCUGCGGGACAGGGAAUCACAUCGACGACUGCUGGAUGUGCAGCAGUGUGAGUUGGGAGCAGAACCCGAAGCUCCUUGCCGAUUGCGGGUAUGGAUUCGGGAAGGCCACGACGGGCGGCAGAGACGGCGACUUAUACUAUGUCACCGACGACCGCGACGACGACAUUGUGAACCCGCCGCCCGGCACUCUUCGGCAUGGUGUUCUCCAGGACAAGCCCCUGUGGAUCAUGUUCAAGAGGAACAUGGUCAUCCACUUGAAGGCGGAGCUGAUCAUCACCAACGACAAGACCAUCGACGGGCGCGGAGUGAACGUAGUGCUCACCGGAGGCGGCUGCAUCACCAUCCAGGACGUUCAGAACAUCAUCGUCCACGGGCUCACCAUCUAUGGCUGCCAAGCCGUCGGAGGCUUUGAAAUCCGGAGCUCCAUGUCCCAUGUCGGCGUCAGGGAAUUAUCGGAUGGCGAUGCCAUCUCCAUCUCCCACUCCAAGAACAUAUGGAUUGAUCACAACACGCUCAGUGCUUGCAAAGAUGGCCUUGUUGAUGUUGUCGCCGGAUCCGACGCCAUUACCAUUUCCAACAAUCAUUUCAGCAACCACAAUGAGACCAUACUCCUGGGUCACCUUGACACAUACACCGCAGACAAGGAUAUGCACGUGACACUCGUCUAUAACCGCUUCGGAGAAAAACUAAUUCAGAGACUCCCAAGAUGCAGGUUGGGUACAUUCCACGUGGUGAACAACUACUACGAAGGCUGGGAAAUGUAUGCAAUUGGUCAUAGUGCUAACCCAACCAUCUUAUCCCAAGGAAAUGUAUUCAAUGCUGCAACGUAUGGCGUGAAAGAGGUAGUACAUGUGAAUGAAGAGGGGGACCGGAGUGGGAAUGUGUUAAGUGUGGGAGACGAAAUGUUGGGUGGUGCCAUUUUUACGGCAACGGGAUCCCUUUCCCCAAGCUUUUAUGCCAAAGCAGCGAGUUUGACAGUCAGGUCGCCUCAUAUGGUAGACGACAUGACUAAACAUGCCGGUGCCGGUUUUGUCUAGCCUUCGAUAUGACUGACCGUAUGAUUACCGCCUCAGCCCGCAUCGUUUUCAUUUACCAUGCAUCUCUAUAUAUGUGCUUUGCUCUGGGGUUCAUGGAUUUCCACAAAUUUUAGAUACUAUACAACGUACGUAUAUUACACGAACUACACAUGUUAUGUUGUAAGAGACUAAUUAUCCUUCAAUCCUUCAUUCUGAUUACAAAUAUAUAUGAACUACGAGAUCGAUUGGGCUGAUUAAAUAAUU